GGUGCGACGUCACUUCCUGCCGCUACCGGUGGAGACCGUGAGUGGCGGCGGGCCGGCUCUCCGGCGCUUCCCUCCCCUUCUCCCUCCCUCCCUGUCCCUCCCUAGGCGGCCGCGCGUCGCGGGGACUCCCUACCGGGCCUCGGCGUGAGUGCGGGGGGCCUUAAGCAGCCUGAGGCGCCGCGGCCGAGAAGGAGGACGACCGCGACCCUCGGUCCCCGCUCCGCGUCACCGCACUCGCCGCCGCCGCCAUGGCCAUGAGGCAGACGCCGCUCACUUGUUCGGGCCACACGCGGCCCGUGGUGGAUUUGGCCUUCAGCGGGAUCACGCCUUACGGCUACUUUCUGAUCAGCGCUUGCAAAGAUGGCAAACCCAUGCUCCGCCAGGGAGAUACAGGAGACUGGAUUGGAACAUUUUUGGGUCACAAAGGUGCUGUUUGGGGUGCAACAUUGAAUAAGGAUGCCACCAAAGCUGCUACAGCAGCUGCAGACUUCACAGCCAAAGUGUGGGAUGCUGUCUCAGGAGAUGAAUUGAUGACCCUGGCUCAUAAGCACAUUGUCAAGACUGUGGAUUUCACACAGGAUAGCAAUUACCUGCUAACUGGGGGACAGGAUAAACUGCUGCGUAUAUAUGACUUGAACAAACCUGAAGCAGAACCUAAGGAAAUUAGUGGUCACACUUCUGGUAUUAAAAAGGCUCUGUGGUGCAGUGAAGAUAAACAGAUCCUUUCAGCUGAUGAUAAAACUGUUCGGCUCUGGGAUCAUGCCACAAUGACAGAAGUGAAAUCUCUAAAUUUUAAUAUGUCUGUUAGCAGCAUGGAAUAUAUUCCUGAGGGAGAAAUCUUGGUUAUUACUUACGGACGAUCUAUUGCUUUUCACAGUGCAGUAAGUCUGGAGCCAAUUAAAUCUUUUGAAGCUCCUGCGACCAUCAAUUCCGCAUCUCUUCAUCCGGAGAAGGAAUUUCUUGUUGCAGGUGGAGAAGACUUUAAGCUGUAUAAGUAUGAUUAUAAUAGUGGAGAAGAGCUAGAAUCCUACAAAGGUCACUUUGGUCCCAUUCACUGUGUGAGAUUCAGUCCUGAUGGUGAACUCUAUGCCAGUGGUUCUGAAGAUGGGACAUUGAGAUUGUGGCAAACUGUGGUAGGAAAGACCUAUGGCCUGUGGAAAUGUGUGCUUCCUGAGGAAGACAGUGGGGAACUGGCAAAGCCAAAGAUUGGGUUUCCAGAAACAGCAGAAGAAGAGCUGGAAGAAAUUGCUUCAGAGAAUUCAGAUUCUAUCUAUUCGUCAACUCCUGAAGUUAAGGCCUGAACAUCAAGCGUGUGCUGCAGAAACCAUACAGUUCAUGGACUCAACAAGCAGAGACAAGCAUCCGCCUUCAGAGUUACUCUGCCUGUGGCAAAGAGGGCAGACAAUGUCGGGGCAUAUGCAUUAGCUCCAGUGCACGAACAGCUACUCAGUGUUGCCUGUGAGUGAAAAUAGCUGCGUGUAUAAGGCAGGAGGAUUAUGUUCACACAGUGCCAUAGCCUGCUGUCUGGAAUGAAAAGCCAACUUACAGUUUCCAUUUUACACCUAAAUUUCUUGUAGCUGUUUAUGUUAUGGAGAAGAAAAAUAUAUUGGCCUAUUUUUCUGACUUUUCCCUUAAAGAAGAAUGCCUUUUUUUCUCUUUGCUUAGUUAUGAAGAAGAGGAAAUACAUGAUAAAAUAACUGGUCUGGUCUCUUUCAUUGUACACUGACUGCUUCAGAACAGCUAAUAUUUUUUAGUUAUCUAAAUAAAAUGCCUCUAAAAUAAA